UCUUAUUUUCACUUUCGUGUUAGUCGUUAACUACAACCCCAUAAACCCUAGCUUAAACCCUGAAGAAUUUGGAGAGCUAUGGAAAUGGGUAGAAAAGAUGGGAGAACAGCGAAUCAAUUGAGACCAUUGACUUGCACUCGUAAUGUUCUUAAUCGUGCUCAUGGCUCUGCCAGUUGGUCUCAAGGAGAGACAAAAGUUCUUGCCGCUGUUUAUGGACCAAAGGCUGGAACAAACAAGAACGAGAACCCAGAAAAGGCAUGUUUUGAAGUCAUUUGGAAGACAAAAACUGGGCAGAUUGGUAAAGCGGAGAAGGAGUAUGAGAUGAUUUUGAAGAGGACUGUGCAAAGCAUUUGUGUUUUGAAUGUUCAUCCCAAUACCACUACGUCAAUUAUCAUUCAGGUUGUCAAUGAUGAUGGAGCUCUUCUUCCUUGUGCCAUAAAUGCAUCAUGUGCUGCCCUUGUGGAUGCUGGAAUUCCUUUGAAGCACCUUGCUGUUGCAAUAUGUUGUUGUCUAGCAGAGAGUGGACAUAUUCUACUGGACCCUAGCAAGCUAGAAGAACAGAGAAUGAAGGCGUUUGUAUAUCUAGUUUUCCCGAACUCGACAUUAUCUGUGCUUCCUGAAGAAUUAUUGAAAGUGAGCGGUGAACCCAUGGAACAUGGGCUUAUAACAUCUUCUACACAUGGUGUGAUGUCGGUUGAUGACUACAUUCGCUGUUUGGAGCGAGGACGUGCAGCCACUGCAAAGUUGUCCGAUUUUCUCAGGACAAGCUUGCAAUCACAAGUCCAAAGUGACUAAUCCAAGUUGGGUUAAAUUGACCCGGGUUAGCAAACUGAGAAUCUCAGAGACUUUCCAAGUCCAUUGAUUCAUUCGUGUUGGAUCUUUGCUGACAAAAUUUGAACGUGGAAGGUGUCCUGAUUGUUGUAAAUUUUUGAUAUCAUCUUGAUGGCUUUGGCUAUUAAUCAAAUAGCUGAGAUUUGGUUUUCCAUGGAAUGUCUCUGUAGCGCAUAUUCCCCUCUUACUUUGCAGAAGACACUUCUGGGGAAAAUGUAGGUAGCAAACUGUUUUUUCGGCUUGAUGCCAAUGACAUCAGUAAUUAUUUUUUUGCGAGUAUUAGCUUGCAAUACAGUCUCUCCCAGAAACUGGUUACGCUUUGAUGCUUCUUAUGAGAAAAAUGUUUUUAGGGAUUA